CCAGCUCCCUAGAGUUGUUCACCAACGAAUCCGUUUAGAAUAGGCCAGAGUUGGUGAACCGUAACUUUGCUCUGCUGCCUUUCCAUGUGGUCUCUGUUAAUUGCUCCAAAAGUCUUCCCCUGCCUGCGACCAAUCCCUUUGUAUAAAAACCCAGUCUUGCUCCACCGAAAUUCCCACUCAGACAAAAUCCUCAUCAUCAGCUCAGCUUCAGGAAGAACCAAUCAGCCAAACCCAUCAUCAAUGGCGGGGGAAAAGAUGGGUGUGGAAGCUCUGGUGUGCUUGGCUGCUCUAGUAGCAGGGGCGACUCUGUUUUUGUCACAGGGAGCCACGGCGCAGUCCAGCAGCAGCUGCACCAACACGCUCGUGAGCCUCUCGCCUUGCCUCGAUUACAUCACGGGGAACUCCACGACGCCGACGAGAUCCUGCUGCACACAGCUCGGCAACGUCGCCGGCUCCCAGCCGGAGUGCCUCUGCCAGGUCAUCGGCGGCGGCGGUGGAGGAAAUUCCCUCGGGAUCAACAUCAACCAGACUCAAGCGCUCGCUCUUCCCGCCGCGUGUAAAGUCCAGACCCCUCCCGCCAGCAGCUGCAAUAACGGUCUGGGUCGCCGUCCGGAGCGCCGGAUACGCCGCCGGGGACACGCGGAGGAGGGUCGGGGACGACACCGUCGUCAUCGGAUGGGAACACUGCAACGAUGACUUCGACUCUGCUUUUCGUGGGACUCCUCCUUGCUUGCUACUCUGCCAUCUUCCCCACCACCGUUGCUGUGUAAAAACUGCUAUAUAAGGACACAAUGAUUUAUAGAGAUUCUUUCUGCAUGAAUAAACUACCAUUUGAUUUGUUGUAAAUUGAGCAAUAGACCCGCC